CUUCUUGCGGUCAUCAAUCAAAAUACAGCAAAUCCAAAAAAUAUAUAAUAUAAUAUACAUUUUGUAUAAAGACUAGAUUUGUAUAGAUAGUAUACUUAGUUUUUAUAAAAAUUGUGAUACUUUUACUGUUUCUAUGGAUUUUUUCCGAAAAGUUUCUAUGCAUUUCCCUGAAUGUAAAAGUAGGGCGUCAACUUUAAGAUGAGGGUACAGUUAUGUGAUGUAUAGUAUAGAGGGUAGGGGUAACUAUAUGAAAAUAUUUUUCUUUUGACGUGUCAGCCGAAGAGUAUAGUCCAAACUUCUUUCUAACGUCAGAUUUUUCUGCUGAUCAUCCUCAAAAUUCUUGAAAAUGGCUUCGGUUCCACCAACUAAAGAUACUGAAGAAAUUCAAAAAAUUACUGCUGGCACUCCCCCAAGUGAUCUGGGACAGUCGGAAAAUACAUCACAAAACGCUGCUCCAAAAUCCGGCCAUGGCGAUGCAGGACCUGAAGUUUCGGAGUCUUACAGGUCAGAAGAACAAUCAGCGUCAACGGCUGAUGUUUCCGGUGAUUUGAAUGAUAGAAGCCGUCUUUCAAUGUCGGAAAAAUUAAAAAUCUCUGAAGCCGAGAUGAGGGAGCAAGUUCUCACAAUGUUCAACAAUGAAAUAGAACUUGAGGGGUCUUUUAAUAGAAUUAAAGAUGACUUAAUUAAAUUUCUCCCAGCAUAUUUGGUGGAUCAACAACUCAGUACUUUAGCUGAGUUGUCGACCAAAAGUGAUCCUACAAAAAAAAGAAAAACGUUUGCGGAACUUUUCAAUCCAAGUGAAGAGUAUUCGGCUUAUUUAAAUCGAAAAGCACAAAGAGCAGUCUCGAACACAGAAACGACCCGUGACAACAAUGAAGUUCCGGCAGACGAAUCUUCUGAUCAGUCAAUAGAGGGAUCAAAAAGUGUUGAAGAUACAAUGAGGGAAUCCAUUCUCCCAAUGUUUACAAAUGAGCAAAUUGAUGAGCCUUUUAAUAAGAUGAAAAAUACGCUAAUUGAAAAGCUUCCUGCAUUUUUAAAAGAGCAGCUAUUAGAAGCUCUAAUGCAGUUGUCUAGUGAGAGUGAGCCAACGAACAGGAAAAGAACUUUAGAAAAUCUUUUGAAGCCUAGUGCGGAAUAUUUAUCAUAUUCACAACAGCCUACGGCCACAACGACUCUCCAGCAGGAAUAAAAGGAAAUCUCUCUGAAGGAAGAUCCGGCAAAGGUGGAGUUUUCAUAAAUAAGUUAUUUCUACAACCGGAAAUAAAACUUUAUGAUCUCCAUGAUUUCAAUUAAGAAACCACUACACCAAUUGUUCCCAAAACCAAGGAAAAGUGAAGCCUUUCAUUAAAAAAGUUCGCUUUUCCUGACCCACGUACAUGAGGUGACAUUAAUUUGUGUCGGCUCAAUAUUUCAGUAUAUUUACUUUGGAACUAUCGAGCGGAGCCCUGGUGGAAAUUUUUCGGAUUUUUCUCUGAAAAACUCUGAAAAAGUCUUCAAAACUUUAGAACUGAGUUUUCCAGAGAAAAUUUGAAAAAAUUUCCACCAGGGAGGGCAAUACGAUCCGGUACAAAUUAAUGUCGCCGAGUGUACUAAUUUUGGACUUCGAAAACGUCUAUCAGAUGCCUUUUAAAUGAUUGCUUAUUUGAAUUAUUAUGAUUGAUUUUAAUUUUUUAUACUAAUUUGUCGUAAAAUUGGUAAAAUUUUUAAUGUAACAAAUCUAGUAAAAUUUAUAACAAUAAUUUGUAAGUAAGCCAUUCAAUAA